AUGGAGUCGUCUAUAGCCCUGGGCAGACUGGAGCUGAGCCCGGGUCCCACUGGGGUCACGGGGGACUCCAGGCUGAGCGCCGUGGACCCUGCCCCUGACAGAGCCGCUCUCAGGCCCUCGGGCCCCGGGCACCUGAACGGCUGUGUGCCGCUGUCACACCAGGUGGCAGGGCACAAGUACGGAGUGGACAAAGUGGGUAUUCUGCAGCAUCCAGAUGGGACUGUUCUGAAGCAGCUCCAACCCCCACCGAGAGGUCCAAGAGAGAUGCACUUCUACAGCAUGGUGUAUGCGGACGACUGCUGUGACCCCUGUCUCCUGGAGCUCCGCACUCACCUCCCCAAAUACUACGGCACCUGUGCGUCUCCCGACAACCCCAGCGAUCUUUACCUGAAACUGGAAGAUGUGACGCAGCACUUCGAUAAACCGUGCAUCAUGGACGUGAAGAUCGGCCGACGCAGCUACGACCCCUUCGCCUCGCAGGAGAAGCGGGAGCAGCAGAUCCGGAAAUAUCCACUGAUGGAGGAGAUCGGCUUUUUGCUGCUCGGGAUGAGGGUUUACAAUGUUUCCAGUGACUCGUUUGACUCGUACGACCAGCACUACGGACGGAAGCUGCUGAAGGACACCCUUAAAGACGGUUUGGCCAAAUUCUUCUUUAAUGGAGCCGUCUUCAGAAAAGACGCUGUGUCAAAGAGUAUCGUAAAAGUGCAGCAGAUCCUGCGAUGGUUCGAGUCCCAGCAGCAGAUGUGCUUCUUUGCCAGUUCUCUGCUGUUUGUGUACGAGGGUCAGCCUCCUCCUGCAGCUCUCCACAAUCCUCUUCAAGACCAGACUCCGGCUCCAGCCGCGGCUCCAAAGGAGGAGCACACUGCAGAAUACAACAACAACAACAUCCAGGGGGCGCUGUCCUGGGACUACAGCCUGGACAUCUGCACCAACCACAAGAGCCUGUGUCAGCAGCAGUGCACAGAGCAGCAGCCGAACCACAACCAGGAGGGGGCGGAGCCCGAGGCGGGCAGGACAGGAGGUGCACAGCCUGGAGCAGGCCCCACCGUGGAGGUGCGCAUGAUAGACUUUGCUCACGUGUUUCCCAGUGACACGCAUGACGAGGGCUACAUCUACGGCCUCAAACACCUGCUGAGCGUCCUCCAGCAGCUGCUGCAGGAGCCCGAGCUCCUCUGA